CCAAGCCCAGGUACUAUACCUACAGUAUGUCAGUCUCUAACCCUGACCCAAGCCCAGUAUGUCUCAGUAAGUGUAUGUCAGUCUGCACAACAACAGGUACAUGACCCAUCCUUCAGUUUAUGAUGCAGGGCAGGACUGUAUUGUCACUAUAACCUUGAGUUUUGGUCGCAUUGAGAUAAACCCUAUUUAACAAGAGAGACAUGGUCUAUGACCACACGCAUGUACACACACACACACACACACACACACACACACACACACACACACACACACACAUUAUUAGCAGUAAAUAAUUCAUCUGAUAUUUAGACGCGUUGCAUAUUUAACACGCGUAGCUCAGCUCUCUGGCCCCACACAAAGUCCACAGAGCUGCUCAUUAUGGUGGUAAAUAAUGAACAUUCUAAUCCUCUGUUAUGACUUUAUGUUUACAGUGAUACAGCAGCACGUCUCUUUGUUGUCCUGACAGGCAUCUGCUCCUCUCUCAUACCCUAACCCCUCUCCUUAGUUCAAUUCAAUAGUCAACAUUAUUAGUCCCUACAGGGUGAUGGUAGCUGGGCUCAUGUGUGACCUGUGUUGACCUUUGACCCCUCUCGGACCCCUAUGACUCCAGGCCAGGCUGCUGUGCGGGUCACGGCCAGGCUGAGUCCUAUAAGACCUCUAUAGAGUUCCCUGAUGAGACCCUCCUCUUCAUCAAGUCUCACCCCCUCAUGGACUCCUCCGUGCCUAACAUAGGAGAUGAGCCCUGGUUCACCAAGACACGCGUCAGGUACAGGCUGACAGCCCUGGCGGUGGACAACGCGGCUGGUCCACAUGGUAACUACACGGUGCUGUUCAUUGGUUCAGAGGCGGGCGUGGUGCUGAAGGUUCUAGCCAAGACUUCCCCUCUGUCCCUAAACGACAGCAUCCUAUUGGAGGAGAUUGACCUGUUCAACAGAGCCAAGUGUCUGUCUAACAGUGAGGAUGACAGGCAUAUUUUGUCGCUCCAUGUUGACAGAGACACACACACAGUGUGUAUGUAGCUUUCUCUAGCUGUGUGGUUCGCAUGCCUCUCAGCCGCUGUGAGCGACACACUAACUGCCACAAGUCUUGUAUAGCGUCCAGGGACCCCUACUGUGGCUGGAUGCCUCAUGGAGCCUGUGAGAGGAUCCUGCCUGGAGUUCUGUGAGUACCAAGUAUUACAAUGCUAAAUAGUAUGAAUACUCAGGACCCUAAAGUGUGAUCAAUUUGAUCUCAUAUGCAACAAAAUAUUUUGCUGUGCGACCUG